AUGGCUUCUAUCAACUCAUCCGAGGAGCAGGCUAUCGCUUUCCUUCUGGUGUGCGUGAGAAGCUCCCGAAAGGGCACGGUAUGCCAUACUGACCCAAACAGCAAACGAUACUACCACCACAUCUCCAAGAGCGCGAGGAAGUUCGUGACCGAGGACGAAUACCCUGAACUCGCUGCAGGCUCAUCCUGGGUGUUGGUCGCGGCUGAAUCUGAGGAAGACGGCGUCGUCGUUGAUAGUCCCAGCGAUUCAAGGGUUUAG